AUGCCUCCACGAAUACCGGUACAGCUGGCGGCUCAAUGCUGCAGAGCUUCAAUUGAACAGUCUAAUCAUUCAUCUAUUGUGGGACUGUUUAGCGCGCUCUCCAUCCAAACUCGCAGCGCUCACAUCCUCGCCAGCUUGUCUGACAACCCGGGCGCCUAUCAGAAACGCAUUCGUCUUGGUCGCGGUCCGUCUUCGGGAAAGGGAAAGACUUCUGGAAGAGGUCACAAGGGUCAGAAGCAGCAUGGAAAAGUGAGGCCGUGGUUCCAGGGUGGUCAGACGCCUUUAAUUGUUCAAAGAGGAAAGCUUGGAUUUGACAAUUUUCGUGCACCGAUUAUGUCCGAAGUCAACCUUGACAAGCUUCAGGAAUGGAUUGACGCCGGUCGGAUUGACGUUACGAAGAAGAUCACUCCUAAAGAGUUAAUACAGUCCAACAUCAUCGGAUCGAUCAAGGAUGGAAUUAAACUUCUGGGAAGGGGGGCAGAUUCAUUGAAGCAGCCGAUCGAUAUUGUUGUUUCUCGCGCUUCGGCGUCAGCGAUUGAGGCGGUGGAGAAAGCAGGAGGGAAGAUUAUGACGAGAUAUUACACCAAGCAGUCCAUAACACGGCUGGUGCAGGGCAAGAGUUUUCACACAGAUACACCGCUACCAGUCGGACCAGAGCAUGUCGAACCGGUAUUAGAGGCAAUCCGGAAGAAGGGAUUCUCUUUCAGAUUACCAGACCCGACGUCACGUUGGGACAUCGAGUACUACCGUGACCCGGCACAUCGUGGGUACCUGAGCCAUAUGCUAAAGCCGGGAGAGUCACCCAGUUUAUACUUCAGGGUACCACCAGCAAAACUCUCCAAGCAAAAGAAGAGCCAGAAGGGGGCCAACAAAGAGGACACGAAACUUUGGGAGAAGUUGUAUACGGCGCGAUCUCGAAACUCGUUAUUUGAUGAUGACGACGGGCCUAUGACUCGGUCGACUUCGGAUACUCUCUUUAACGAUGACGAAUUCGGAGGCAGCCGUUCUGCUUCGCCUUGGGAUAUACCAACGCCGAGAAAACAGCAAUCGCGUGCCGACUUAAUUCGGAAGUUGCUCGAUGGUGUUGAGGUGCCGGAUAGUUACGUAGAAGCAUAUGAUAAAGCCGCAAGAGAAGAUGCAUUAAUGGAUGAUAACCACUCACAUGACCAGAAGAUCACCUCUUCGGGAAUCACCAAUACACUGGCUGCUGCUAAGUUAGGCGCUGAUGACCAGGCGCAAAUAAUGGGAAUCAUUGCACCGAGUGGUAAACUGGAUCCAAUCGGGCGCAAGGAGUUUAACGUAUUAUUGGCUCUUAUCGGCCUUGCGCAGGAGGGUGAAUCCAUUAGUCUGGAUGGAGUUGACGAGAGAAGACGCAACUUACCGAAACCACGCUUUUUAUGGUCACCACCACCCGUUAACCACGUCAAACCCCCCGUCUUUCCGAACACUGCAGAGCUUGCAGCAAAACCACCGCAACGACCUGAUUCGCCGCCUGCGCAAUUUAACUCGCAAUCGAGAGCUAGAAAACCAUCCAUGGAUGGUCCCGAAGACGAUCCGUGGAGUUCGUCUGAUCUCCACAGGAAUCAUAAGCAUAGCGACACGCUGAAGACUAACGGUACCAACCAUACUAACGUGAAUACGAAUGGUAAUGGUUAUGGUAACCCCGACGCCCCCGACUUGCACUCUCGUACAACCUCUAACUUCACUGCCGGGAGUACGGGUUCGGCUGGGGGCCCUGGAUCCCAGUCUGCUGGUGGCUCUAUAUCUUCGAACCCUGGUGGUUGGGGAUAUUACGAUGGAAACAACACUGGGGGCUUCGGCGAGGCGCCCUCGAACGUUCCUACGAGUCCAUUUGGCGGCGUGGGUGGCGGAGAAGGGCGUGACCCAGGUGCUAACCCUACCAUUGGCCAUUAUCGGACCAUUAGCGGUGGCCGAUCUGGCAGUACGGUCGAGGAGAACAUCGUGGUUACGCUCAUGCCGGAAAAAGAAGGCGUAUUUCUAUUCCAACAUCAUAACUACGAAGUGACAAGUUCACGGCGAGGAAGCAAGGUGAUUCGUAGAUACAGCGAUUUCGUGUGGCUGCUCGAUUGUCUACAUAAGAGGUAUCCGUUCCGCGCAUUACCUCUACUUCCACCCAAGAGAGUUGCCGUCAAUGGAAAUCAUCUUUCCAAUGAUGGCGCAUUCAUCGAGAAGCGAAGGCGUGGCCUUGCUAGGUUCUUGAACACACUAGUUCGGCAUCCCAUUUUAGGCCAGGAGCAGCUUGUGAUAAUGUUCCUGACUGUACCGACGGAACUCGCGGUAUGGCGCAAGCAAGCAGCGAUUUCGGUGAUAGACGAGUUCGCGGGUCGACCACUACCGGCUGGCCUCGAAGAAUCUUUGCCUUCUUUGUUGGAGGAGCUUUUCGACCGCACAAGACAGGGUGUCAAACGAUCGGCUGAACUAUAUAUCUCGACCUGUAAUAUCAUGGACCGCCUUGUUAAGCGGAGCGAGGGCGUAGCGGCUGAUCAUGGGCGCCUGGCCAUGUCGCUUACAUCACUUACCGAAGCGAGCUCGGAUACGUACGCAACCGAUACAAACGACGUGCCUCUCCUAAAUGACGGCCUGGUGGCGAUGAGCAAACAUUUACAAACGACACAAGGUCUUAUGGAGGACGAGAGUAAGGCGUGGGAUGCUGGGGUGCUUGAGGACCUGAAGAGACAGCGCGAUGCUCUGGUCAGCAUUAGAGAUCUGUUCGACCGGAGGGAGAGGCUAGACAAGGACAACAUCCCACAUCUAGAACGGAGGAUUCAGAGCAACGAGACGAAGCUCGCCGGCCUACGAGCCAAGGCUGAUGGGUUAGUUAAGCCAGGAGAGAUAGAGAAGGUUGUGGAAGCUAUCAUCAAGGACAAGGAAUCCAUCGUGAACCAGCACAACCGCUCUAUAUUUGUUAAGGAAUGCCUUCGCGACGAACUCGUUUAUUUCCAGCAGACGCAGUUCCAUGUCAGCCGAUGGAACCAAGACUGGGCACAAGAGCGUGUUAAAUAUUCGGAAAUGUUGGCGGACAACUGGCGCCGACUAUUAGACGAGCUUGAAGGCAUGCCUCUUGGCGAUUAG